UGUUGUUGUUGUUGUUGUUGUUGUUCGCGGCUUGUUUCGACAGCGGCUCCACGUGCACGCUGCCGCCGAGAGCGUCUCGUCCUCUCCACGAACUUGCGGCAUCCUUCCCAGCACUUUUCAGCGCAACGAAUGAGGAGGGUGAACUUGACAGCCUUCCAGAAGACCGACCAGAAGAAGUGGUAGUACCUCCUCUCGCCGAUCCCAUACCCAAAACUACGGGUUUCCAGCGCUGCCUCAAAACUCAAGUUAGCGUUAGCAAUGCGGGCAAAUCAGGGACAACGGCUUGGAUCUGUGAACGUUAUAGUAUAGUAUAGUAUAUUGCUCUUACGUCCAGGCCAGUAAUAACUAAGCCCCAUGACGAAAGCGCAUAGGAGAUACGCGCUGACGAAGAUGGCUGCGAGCUGGCCCGACGACAUGCUACCCUCGAUCUUGGCACUGCCGCCCAUCGUGAUUGUAUACCUUAGCGUGUUCUUGGUGCGAGUUGAGCAGGUCUUAGAGAACAAGGGGGAUCGAGCUGGAAGGUAUGGUGGGAAUGGCGUCGCCUUCCCAUUUCACUGCCUCCAGAGCGCAAACAUUAUAUACUCCUUGCGUGUCCUUUUGCUCGCCUCCUUUCAAUCCCGUAGGUGCGGCGCCCGCCCCCCUGAUGCUGCCGGGUGACGACGCUGUUUAGGAAACAACCGUGUCAGGCCGACAACGCUUUGUACGGCUAGGCAUGAUAAGAGCAGUUCAGAUUGCGUAGUGAUGCGUAUGCUCGAAUCACUAAAUUUGAGACCCGG